AUGCCUCAUAAUACGGGAGUUGGUGUUUCUGGCACGGGAUUGGGCGGUUCAUCGGGUGCAUUUAAUAAUCCUCCGUCAACAGUUACUGACAGAACAAUAUCAUUACAAUCCAUUCAGAGUGGUAAUAAUGAUUCGACAGCAAGUAUAACAUGGAACUAUCCAAAUAGCGUUGUUUAUGAUUUUUUAUCAUUAACAUUCAAUGUUUAUCAAUUUGAAAAUGGUUCAUUCGAUCAACCAUCUCUAUCGCAAACAUAUAGCUACAAUUUAACGAAUAGUAACACAACUGUAACCAGUAUGUCCUUCGAUGAACUAGUGCCUGGAAACUAUAUUAUCGCUUGUGUAAUUGCCUUACAAUAUUAUCAAGUAUACAAUACAACAGCAGCAACGUCAACUCAAUGUAGUGUUGGACAAACUACACUGAAUUUAACUAAACUCCAACAGUUAAGUUUUACAGCAUUUCCAACAGUAUCCGUAACUCAAAUUAGUGUUACUUUGUUUUGGCCAAACGAAUUACCGUAUGAUAAGUUGACGAUGAAUGCAAUGUUGAACAAUAAGAUCUCUUCAACUUAUUCAACAUCUUCAAAUGAUACCUAUGAAAUACGUACCUACUCGUUUUCGGGUUUAACACCACGCACUACGUAUUCAGUAUGUGCAUGGGUCAACUAUUCAAAUAGUUAUAUAAACAAGGAGUUUCCAGGAGUUUUAGGAGGUUCACCAAUGAUUUGUGGCUCAUAUAGCACAUACGCUCCAUUAGGUAGUGUUAAACAAACACGUGGCAGUUUAUUACUUACAAUAACGAUGAUAGUGAUCAUCGCUAUAUUACUAAACUAA